AAUGGUAAAUGGUUGGGUAUUGCAUUUCAAUUUGAUGCCGGUUCCCUCGGUUUUGGAGCAGAUUCUUCUUUUCCAAAUGUUUCACCUUGGGAAUGGGCACUUUUUCCGCAUGUCCUGUUGAAAAAUGUCGUGGUUCAGAUGCAAUUCAGUGUUGAACAAGGACUUGUUCCUCAAGAAGGGUUCAGACCUUGGGCCCUGGCUGUGGCGGAUGGAAAUGCGGUUAUGGGACCUUCGUUUUUGGAUCCAAAGCAUUGUGAAUUGAUGAUGCUAGUGGGAUUACCGGCUUCAGGCAAGACUACAUGGGCUGAAAAAUGGGUGAAAGAUCACCCUGAGAAGCGUUAUGUCUUGCUUGGUACAAACUUAAUUCUUGAACAAAUGAAGGUUCCUGGGCUGUUGCGCAAAAACAACUACGGUGAAAGGUUUGAUCGUUUGAUGGACAAGGCAACUUCAAUGUUCAAUGUAAUUUUGUCACGGGCGGCUAAUGUACCUCGCAAUUAUAUAAUCGAUCAGACAAAUGUGUACAAAAAUGCACGCAAGCGGAAACUUAAUCCAUUUGUCAAUUAUCGAAAGAUUGCUGUUGUUGUGUUCCCUAAGCCAGAAGAGCUCAAGAGACGAUCUGAAAAAAGAUUUAAAGAAAUGGGCAAAGAAGUUCCAGUUGAUGCUUUGAAUAAAAUGAUAGCUAAUUAUGUUCUACCUAAAAGCAAGGAUCUUCCAUAUUCCGAUGAAUAUUUUGAUCAGGUUUUGUUUGUUGAACUGAACCGGGACGAGUCUCAGAAAUAUUUGGAUCAGAUGAAGCAAGAUACUCUGUCUCUAUCUAAUACCAACCCGUCAACAUUAUCGCACAGAGGUUCUUCUGAGUCUUCUUUCCGACCUGCAUUUCAUAGUCAAGGAAGUUCGACAGGAAGUGGCAUUCACCAGUGGAGAGCUAAUUCUUCCAUCUCUCAACCCGACUAUAGGAUGCCUAGUCAAGUCAAUACACAUGGUUUUAUGAAUGAACCUCGUCACAAUAUGAAUCCGUUGUGUAGAGGAUAUCCAAGCAGUCAUAUUUCACAUGUUUCAAGACCACCCUAUCCUAUAUAUAAUGUUGGUUCCAGUAGAACUUACAGUGACAUCGAAACAUACGGAAACCCUGUUUUCGGUAGCCAGUAUAGGCCAAACACUGUAGGGAACAACAAUAUGGGUUUUCAUGGAAGACCUUAUGUUGAAUACAGAGACUUUCAGCCUGACCUGCCUUUACCUGCAGCAGCCACAUCUUUGCAUCCUCCAUAUGGGGAACCGACUCUAAGGCCUCAACAUGGUGGAUUACCUGAUAACAUCCAGUAUCCAGGGAGAUAUGCUUCUCAAUAUCCAAAAUACUAGCACUGAAACUAAUCAGACAAUGUCAAUGUUAAGUGGAGCAAGACAUCAUUGACAGCUAGAACUGGGUGUUGACCAUGAUGAUCUGAAGCAGCUUUAACAUAUAUCCAAAAUCACUGCAGAAGCGUUAUUGUGAAGACUUUUGAUUCAAAUGAUAAAUUUUCAAAAAUGAAACUCCAAAAACACCAUUGAAAAAAUUGAAAGACUCGAAGUUCAAUAGAGAUGAAUUAAGCGACAUCUCUAUGGUAUUAUUCUGCAUUACGGAUUGCACCAUUGAUAAAGAUUAUGAAGAAAUUGAAAGACUCAAAGUUCAAUCAAAAAGGAAUUAAGUGGUCGUUUUGCGAUAUUGUUCUGCGUCACGGAUUGCACUGAUGAUGAAGAUUAUGAAUAGAUAUUCUACUUAAGAAUUGAUAUGUUAGAUAGAUUAGAAAGGAUAGCGAUACAUUUGGUUUGACAAAACAAGAAAAUUAUGAGGAUUUUGUAUGGAGUACCAUAAUGGAUUGUGUAUUAGUUAA